CCUUUUCAUUUCCUUCAAAUCACCCAUUUAUUUUGCUUCCUCCCUCUCAUUUACUCUCUCUCUCUCUCUGCUUCCUGAUCUUGUUUCCCCUCUUUCUCUCUCCUCUUUAUUGUUUUCUUGAAUGCUCAGGUCACUGUGUACAGUACAUAACAGUCUCAGCUUUGAACGAUAAUAUUGCCACGAAUUCAAAAUUUGAAGAAAGAAAAGAAAAAAAAAAAAAAGAAUUCUUCAAGGGCUGCUCAAAAACAGUACCGAAGCUCUUAAAGGCAGCCCACAAUCUCAAAAUGGUAUCUUUUCUUUGCUUUUGUCCCUUUUUAGUUCUGCUUCACCAGAGUACUUACUGGAAUCCCUUUUUUCCAUAGGGUUUGUUUUUGAACGAGUAAAUGAGGGUGCUACUGGUAUUUAUGAUGCUGAAUUUAAUGUUUUCUGCUUCUAUUGACUGAGUUUCUGAGAACUUUCUUGAGCUCUUUAUUGAACUGAGCUAUGUUUUUUCCCCUCUGCAUUAAUGGAGUUUUGCGUGCUUUAAUUUCAGAGAGAAAUAGCUUUGGGAACAGUAGUUAUCAGUGGUGUAGUUGUGGCAUUCCGUUACAUGUUUUUGGCUCUGUGUGGUGUUUGUUUCUCUUCAAUUCUCGAGUCAUACAACUUGGAGUGACUUAUUAUUAAUCUCUAAUCUGCUCAGCUGUUUCUGAAAGAGUACUUUGACUGUGGUGUUUCGAUUCUUUGAAGGAGUGUAAUUAGUCCUUUGCUUGGUGGUUUCUUCUCUCUCUCUCUCUCUCUCUCUCUCUCUCUCUCUCUCUCUCUCUAUCUCCCUCUCUCUGACUAUGGAUGUUGCUGGAAAAGAUGCCAGUGUUGAGCCUUCUAAUGCAAAUGAUGAUUCUUUAAACUAUCACACGCCUAAUAUGGCUGCAGAGUGGCAAGUUAGUGGGAAUAAUCUAGCUAACACGUCUAUUGGGAUGAUGUCUAUCUGCAAUUCUUUGAUGGAGUCCUCUGCUUGCUCAUCGCCCUCGUUGGUCGAUUCAUUUUGCCCUCCCGUUUGGGACCAUUCGAUAAAUGGACAGAACUUGGGGUAUUGUGAUGUGAAUGAUGCUAGCACUUCGAGUAACCUUGGUUCCGUGAGGGCUGACUUGGGUUGGAAUCCGACUGCAAUGCUGCGAGGGGGUAUGUUCAUGCCGCCCGUUUCUGGGAUGCUGCCUAACUUUCCAGCUGAUUCUGGUUUCAUCGAGAGGGCAGCGAGGUUUUCGUGCUUCAGUGGAGGGAAUUUCGGUGAAAUGAUGAAUCCAUUUGGCGUUCCCGACCCCCUGAAUCCGUUCUCUCGGGGCUUGGGAGUGGUUCACUCCCAGAGGCAUGAAGUGAAUGUGGCCGAGUUAUCCAAAGAGGGUGGUCCGUUGCUGGGGAAGCAGGGGGCUGAAGGGAGCCCUUUCAAGAAUGAGAAGAGGAGCGAGAGUAUUCAUGAUGAGGCGAAGCAGGGAGUUGGGGCGUCGGGUAAUGAGUCUGAUGAGGCCGAGUGUAGUGGCCGUGGCCCUCAAGAGGAGGUUGACUGCGUGACGGGGGAGUCUUCGGGUAAAGGGCUUGGCGCUAAGAAGAGGAAGAGAGGAAGGGGGCAGGAUGCUCAGAAUGAGGAGAACAAUGAAACCCCUACGCAGUCGGCUGAGACAACAAAGGAUGUGGCGGAGAUGAAUCAAAAAGGUGAUCAGAAGACAACGUCGAACAGCAAUCCUGGCGGCAAGCAAGGGAAGCAGGGGUCUCAAGGCUCGGAUCCGCCUAAGGAAGAUUACAUACACGUUAGAGCACGAAGAGGCCAGGCGACCAACAGCCAUAGUCUCGCUGAGAGGGUGAGGAGGGAGAAGAUCAGUGAAAGGAUGAAAUUCCUUCAGGAUCUUGUGCCUGGUUGCAGCAAGGUCACUGGAAAAGCUGUAAUGCUUGAUGAAAUCAUCAAUUAUGUGCAAUCACUACAACGACAAGUUGAGUUCCUAUCGAUGAAGCUUGCGACUGUAAAUCCUCGUUUGGAGUUCAAUAUUGAAGGGUUUCUAACUAAAGAUAUGCUACAAUCUAGAGGUGGUAUGUCGUCGUCACUGGGAUUACUACCAGAUAUGACUAUGCCGUUUCCUCCAAUUCAUGCGCCACAAGCGGGGCUAAUCCAGACAUGUCUUCAGAGCAACUCUGCUGAAGCUCUUCGAAGACCAGUCAAUCUCCAAUCACCUUCGUCUCAAGUAUCCAAUUGGGAGGACGAACUUCACAAUGUGGUGCACAUGGGCUUCAACUCGACUGCUCCUCCCAGUAGCCAGGAUUUAAGCGGCUCUCUACCACCGGGACACAUGAAAGCCGAACCCUGAUCAAUCACCAAUCUCUAUAAUCUAAUAUCUUCUACUGGACGAAGCAAUUGAACGUAUUCACCUAUACCUUAUCCGGAUGCAUAUACUUAUUCCCUGUCUGCCAAUUGCAUAUACUGGAGUCAAAGCCUCUGCCCCAAGUGUAGCAACGGACAAUCACUGCGUAUUCAAGCAUUGCGUGCCGCAGUUCUGCUGCAGAGUCGCCAUCUCCAGCUCCAUCAUGUCGUCAGAUGAGAAUUGUACAUUCUUCACUAAUGCCAGGAGAGAUUGCCGCAGAUGAUAUUGUUAAAAAUCGAGUAUAAAAAUAUGAUGUCUUUGCUCCAAUGUGUUUGGCCUAGUUGAAUGAGUGCCUCAAAAUCGAAUCAAUUAUAUAUUGUGCAUUUUUCCCUUUUCCAGAUUGCA